AUGUCUUCCGGCAAGGCCAACAACGACCAGCUCAAGAGCUCAGACCUCUUCGACGUCUCUCAUGUAACAGCCAUUGUCACAGGAGGAGCCACGGGCAUUGGCCUCAUGAUAACUCAGGCCCUUCAAUCCAACGGAGCCAAGGUUUACAUCGUAGGCCGGAGAAAGGAGAAGCUCGACGAGGUCGUCAAGCGCUACAGUACCGGUCCAGGACAGAUUAUCGCACUGGAAGGCGAUGUCAGUGACAAGAAUGAGGUUCAACGCCUUGCCAAGGAUAUGUCCUCCAAAGAGCCCAAGGGCAUCCAGCUCCUGGUCAACAACGCCGGCAUCGCUCGUGACGACGCAACUUCGUAUUCAAAAGCCGGCCAGCCCGACCUCUCAGACCCCGUCGCCAUCUCGGAACACUUCAUGAAGACUCCCCCGGAGAGCUGGGCCGACACUUUCAAGACCAACGUUACGGCAGGUUACUAUAUGUCCAUGGCAUUCCUGCCCCAACUCGCCAAGGGCCGCGAAGCUACGCCUGGCUACACGAGCAGUGUUGUCAAUGUGUCGAGCAUCUCGGGCGCCAUGAAGGGCAACAGCGCUGGUCAAUUUGCCUACGCGUCCUCGAAGGCGGCAUUUACGCACCUGACACGAAUGCUGGCGACGACCUUUACGCAAACCAAAGUCCGUGUCAACUGCAUCGCACCGGGGAUGUUCCCCAGUGAGAUGACGACAGGUAGCUCGAACGAAGAGAACAAGUCCGAGAUGGAUAUGAGCUCGACCAACCCGGCUGGUCGAAAGGGCCAUGACGCGGAUAUGGCGGCCACGAUCCUCUUCCUUGCUGGAAGGGGAGGUGUCUUCUACAACGAGCAGAUCAUGUACCCAGACGGCGGCAACACGAUUACGCAACCGGCGGUCAAAUAA